AAUUCGACUCGAAACUCAGAACUCUUCGCCGCCGGGUCACGACAUUCGCCAUCGGUUAUCGCGAGGAGAACGAAGCAAAAAAGGACACCGUGCGCGACGCAUUAACGGCUUCCCGUAACGAGCUUAGCGAGUGCUCCGCCAAUUGUGACAGUUUCAUUGAGCAAUCACAAACACUACAAAAGCUGCUCGCUGAAUGCGAUAAGGAGGCCGACGAGAUAUUCGACUGCAUAAUAGAGUUGUUCCACAGCCAAGGAGUAGCGAUUCCGGAGAUUGACUGCGCUACGAUCCCGGUGGGCUUCCCGGUCGACAACUUUGUGCCACCUUCCUCAUUGUCCGACGAGGGCGACCGGAGCGAAUCCUUUGCCGAAGAAGAGUCGAUAACACGCGAGGAUAGCGAAAGUUCGUUGAGCGAACUGGUUUCCGAAAUCUACAUUGCACGGCCGCCCGGUGAUGCAGGGGUUGCUCCGGAAACGCCGAUGAUAAAAACAAGAAAGAGAUUGUUCGUCAACGAUAAAAACAAGGAGGAAAUUGUUUCUAGCAACCCGAGAACCGGCACGUAAGAUGGCCACCAUACCGGCUGUAACGAGAAUUUCGUCCCGAUUAAUUCGCGUUUUGGGCUGUAACCCUAGCCCGAUGACGCUGCAAGGGACGAACACAUAUUUGAUAGGGAGCGGAAAAAGACGCAUUCUGUUGGACGCUGGCGACGCGAAUGUGAGCGAGUACAUCGACCACCUGAAGCAAGUGUUGAUGGACGAACGGAUUCUCAUUAAUGAUAUCAUAGUGUCCCAUUGGCACCACGAUCAUGUCGGCGGGGUUGACGACAUACUUGAUUUUAUCGAAAAUAAGGCUACUUGUAAUGUUUGGAAAUUUCCACGUUCAGACGCGCCGGAGCCGGAGGUGAAAAACGCUGCGCUAAAGGAGCUGAAAGAUGGGCAAAUUUUUAACACCGAGGGUGCAACGCUCAAGGUCGUUCACACACCGGGCCAUACGACCGAUCAUGUGGUGCUGAUCCUGCAGGAAGAUAAUUCCCUCUUCAGCGCUGACUGCAUUCUCGGCGAGGGUACUACCGUGUUUGAGGAUCUAUACUUGUACAUGAAGAGUUUGGAAAAGAUUUUGAGCGCCAAGCCGUCCACUAUUUACCCGGGUCAUGGUAAUAUCAUUACAAACCCGAUCGAGAAGAUAACGGAAUACAUUAACCACCGGAACCAUCGGGAAAAGCAGAUUUUUGCCGUCUUCGAAGCGAAUCCCCGAAAGCAGUACAACGAAAUGGAUAUCGUGCGAGAGGUGUAUAAGGAAACGCCGGAGCAACUUUGGGCUGCUGCUGCAUAUAAUGUAAACCAUCACCUGAAGAAGCUGACUACCGAAGGCAAGCUACUCGAGUGCGUGGACACCGAGGGUGGCAACUCGUGGAAGUUCGUCCCGGCUGCGUCAUUAUAGAGCGGAAGCUCAGAGAAGGUGUUGGGAAUAAAAUAGUAAUUUUAAUUGUUGCAUA